AUUGAUAGUAUGUUUAUUAUUUGUAUGAUAUUUAAAAACAAAUACUAAAGUUGAAAUUUUAAUGCAAAAUCGUAACGCAUAUUUGAUUUGACAAUUCAUUUUUUCAUUAUGGCAACAUAGAAUAUUUCAGGAGUUGCGCGCUAAGAUUGAAUCAAAAUAAAUAGGUCGAUCAAUAGCCUGAAGAGAAGAGAAAAUCUAGAUUAAGGUCUCAUCUCUUUCGUUCGGACGGACACAGCGUCCUAACCCGAUCUGUACCUAAAUUGGUGUAUUGAUUACGUGUUUCCGUCCAUUUCGCGAGUGUCAUUCAAAUGCAGGGCAGUUUUAAGAUUCAGCUCAUAAACAUGGGGACACGGGCAGCGGCCUAGGUGACUCGAUUCUCCGGCCUUAUUUAUAGAGAAAGCUUUAUGUGUGUCCCUAAUGCAGUCCACGCAGGCGUUCGAUAAUAUGCAGCUUGUUUUGGAGCCGCUGAAUCUGAAAGUCACUGCGAAGAUCCGGAGCCUGUACGACUGCCAGCUCCGGUUGAUGCACAACAUACAGCCACUACCCUCAGGCACGGAUAUCGCUAAUACUGUCAAGUACUUCUCACAGACACUUCUGAGUGUUUUGAAAGAUGUACCGAGAUCACCUUUGGAAAUGAUCCGCGAUGCGGACUGCGACGCGGAACGAAUGGGAUUAUAUCCCAAUUUAGAUUACAAGGGGUUAUUUAAUGCAAUCUCUCAGCUCGUCGAUUCUGCUCCACACUUACAAUAUGGAAUACAAGCAUUCGGUCAAGCCGUUCUGCAAUGCUUGGGUUGUUUGCUGCCUUUCAUGGAGUAUGAUAUGAUUGAUAAUCUGCCGUAUCUAGUGGCAUACUGCGUUGCAGUGUUCCCUGCGACAUUACACCAGGAAAUAUUAAACCUACUGUGUUACUAUAUACUGCCAUUCACCAUCACUCGUCGGUACUCGGGGUUAGAGGAAGAAAGCGAAGCGUCUCAGUCUGUUGGUGCCAUUAUAAUGAUGGUGUUCCAGCAUUCUAAUAACCCUGCUCACCACUGCCAGCUGCUGGAAUGCCUGAUGUCGAUGAAGCAGUGGGUGGUGAAGGACUUGCUGUGCGUGAUCGCGUACGGCACGUGCGGCGCCCGGGUCUCCGCCGCGAAGCUCCUCUUCUACUACUGGCCACCCUUCGACGCGAAACUCUUCGACAGGAAGGGAUUGCUUUGCAAGUUCUCCAACGACCUGGUGCCGUUCCUGUGCCAGCGCGACAUGUGCGGCAACGCGGGCGCGGCCGAGGCGGCCAAGGUGUGCUACGACCACUGCAUCAGCGUCACCUUCGCCUCCGACUCGCCGCCGCCGCUCUACCUGUGCAUCGAGUGCGCCAACGAGAUACACAGGGAACACCCUAACCAACGUUUCCAUGACAUCCUACAUCCUCAGCAGCAAGUUUCCAUGGUUUGUGAGAACAAGAACUGCCGUUCAACAGAUAAGGCGGCUUACUCUAUUUGUUUCUCAAACGAGUGUGCGAGUUAUAAUGGCAACCAUCCUAUCAGAUACUGCCAGCAAUGCCACGGGAAUCGACACAACAGUCGCCGUGGAGGCGACCACGUGGUGCAUACGAGACUACCACCGGCUUGGCAGAUGGAUAGUGACAUGCAGACCAAUCUCGUAGAGGCGAUUAUUAGCCUUCUGAAAGAAGCUAAACCGAUCAACAUGGAGGAUCCCGACAUAACUACCGACCAACUGAAGGCACCUCUCCAUGUCAGCCUCCCGGACCCGAUAUCCAUCGAAGACAGGCAGCUGCUCGGGCGAUACGGAGUGUGGUUGAUGGUCGGGCUGUGCACCCCGAACCCCGACACCCCGGACGAGGUGCUCGGCCGUCUGCUGUCGGUUCUCUUCCACUGGUUCCACGUGACGUCGUACUCCUACACCGGCGAGACGGCGAGCACGGUGGAGAAGCUGAAGGCGGAGCACGCGUGCCCGUGGCUGCGCGACAUCGCGGAGCGCCAGCGCCGCGUGCUGGUGGCGUGCCUGCUGCCGCACCCGCCGCAGCACACGCGCCAGGCCGGCCACUGGGACACGCUGGCCUCCAAGGCGCACCACCUGCGCGACGGCCUCAACCGGCUGUACUGCUUGAUCCCGUACGGGAUUAUCACUCAGUCCAUCUGGGACUUCAUCAUGCCCGCUUGGAUGGAAGCGAUAUGCUCUGACGUACCUGAAAAGGAAGUACUAGACCUCAAAAUAGCACUGACUAAGAUCCUGGAACCGGACUGUAGCAUGGUGGGGAUGGACGAACGUAACCUGUACAACUUCGCUACUCUCAAAGUGACGGACAAACCUCGGCCGGACACGGUGUUGCCAGUGCUGGAAUGGUUUCAGACGAUAUCAUUUCUGGAGGUGAAGGUCCCGCUGUCUACAUUAUUCGAUCUCUUCAGCCAUUGCGUAAUCAACUUGCCUGAGAAGAUUUGCAAACCGCCCGAAGACAACAAAACAAAAACUGAAAGUAAAGAGUCGCCGCCCGACGAGAAGGAGAAAGACGACGAGACCAAACCGCAGAACCUGACCUGCUGCAUUCUUAUGCUAGAUAUUAUAUUGAAACAGAUGGAGCUGCAGCACCAUCGUAUCAAUAUACAGACGGUCAGUAGCGAAGCGACGAAGCUACUCCGUCUGAUGCUGAAGUCUAAUCAAAUGAACACCAUCGAACACGCGGAGUGCCGGUCGGGCGGCGCGUGCGCGUACUGCGAGGCGGCGGCGCUGUGCCACCAGCUGGCCGUGCGCCUCGUGCGCUCGCUCGUGCCGCGCGCGCACCACCUCGCGCACCGGGAGGCGUCCGUGGAGGAGUGGCCGGAGCCCAAGCGCGCGUCGGAGGACGAGCGCAGCCGGUCGGGCGACGCGCCGGCCGCCGACGCGCCGCACGCGCCGCCGCACGCGCUGGCCGACCGCGCCUCCGUGGGCGGCGUGCUGGUGCACAUGCCGCAUUUUGUUCAUUUCAUGCAACUGUCACUAAUAAGCGACGUCGGCUCGGACGCCACGCUGACUAAAUCGUCAGGCGAUACGCAAAUAAUGACGGCGACGGUGGAGACGAUCACGGAGCAGCUGGACAUGGCGGUGUCGCUGCCGCCGCCCGAGCAGCCGCCCGUGGCCACCGCGCACUCCGUCACGCUCACCGACACCGACGUGGCCACCGCCACGGCCAACGUGUCAACCCCAAACCUGUUAGGUGAUCACGAAGGUGAAUCGGUAGAAGAGGAUAUGACUAAUUUUUGGCCCACAUCAGCUGGAAAGUUCCACUUUUGCAUUGAGGAGUUACCUCAAGAGCUGCAGUACAUACAUCAAUUACUGCAGGAGCUAAAAAAUACUAAGCGGCCCGAUGUCCUGUAUCACCUGCUGCAGUGUCUGCAAGUUCUCGUGUUGAACACCGAUGCGCUCGCUGAGCACAAAGGGUUUUUAAUAUGGUGUCAGGAAAAUCUACUUAUUGACAACCUGUGGAACGUGUGCGACGCGGCCCAGUCGCACAUCAGCUCGGUGGCCGUGCCCGUGCUGCUGCACUGCGUGACGCUGGCGGGCGGCGCCGACGUGUUCUGUGCGCUCGUGCGGGACGCCUUCCACCACCCCGACCCCACCAAACGCUUCACCGCCGUCGAAAGGGUCACCAUGCUCAUCAGGUUCAUGGACGGCUCUCCCAUAAAGUCAAGUCUGCCGCUUCAAACUGCGUUGGCCACGGCGUUCUGCUACCUCAUCUCCAGUAUGGACGACAUCAGCGUGUACGUCGCGCAGCGCGCCACGCUCUACAUCGGCACCGUACACGAUAACGCCAUCGAUCUGCUGCUCUACUGCCUGGAGACGCAGUUCGACUUGGUCGUAGUCGACCGCCCCAUGAUCCUGCAGUCCGUCUACCAGCUGCACAACACCCUCAGCGACCGACGCAUCCUCACCUGGGAGUUCUUCCUGAACCGGUUCGAGGCGCUGUUCCUGGAGGCGCAGAUCAACUCGAACAGGAGCGCCGAGGCGCCGAACGCCCGAGGUGAGUCACGGGGGAGCGUGCCGGGCCGCUCGGCCGGCGUGGCGUGGCGUGCUAAGGGCCUUGGCGGCGCAGGGCGGCGCGCGGCGGGCGUGCGGGGCGCGGCGCGCUCGCUGGCGGCGUCGUUCGGCGCCAAGUGGCCGUACAAGCGCACCGUGUCCGCGCCCGCCGCCGUGCCGCCGCCCGCGCGCGGCGAGCGCGACAAGGUCUACGCGCGCCAGUACUCGGCGCCGCUGCUCAAGCGCAAGACGUCGCGCUUCGGCCUGGGCCUGGGCCUGCUGCCGCACGCGCCGCCGCACGCGCCGCCCGCCGCGCCGCCGCACGCUCCAGAUGGGAUUCAUUCUCUUUCCGGGCGAUCAGAAGAAACCUUGACAACGGUUGUACCCAAAGCAGCUGACCUAGAAGAGGCUGAUAAGGAAACCACUAAUCUGUUGGUCUUCCUAUUGAUGCAGUUCUUGUCGAGAUCGGAUCAAGCUCAUCCAACUGAAGACAAACCAACUCAGAAGACCCAGGAAUUAGUUCUACGGCAUUUGUUCUUGUUGCUUGGAUAUAAUUCCGUGGAAAAGUAUUUUACAAUAUCGCCGCAUACGCUUCGGCUGUCCUCAAUAUUCAACGCAUUUAUGGCGAAUCUGCCUCAAGUGUUGGACCAGAACCACGUGAUGGGGGCCAGCAUCGCCGAGCCCACGCUGAUGUUAUUGCAGGUCGGUAUUGGGGGCGCGGGCGGCGCGGGCGCGCACUCGCUGGCGGCGCUGGAGCCGCACGUGCGCCGCCACUGGCUCAUGGCGCUGCUCGUGCUGCUCUACAAGUACCACUACAGCAACGGUCCGCUGUGCACGCUGAUGGGUUCGCUGGUGCGCUGCGUGCUGCAGUCCGUGGAGGCGCAGCACCACCAGUGUAAGCGCAUCCCGCCGGUGCUCCUGCUGCCGCAGCACCAGCAGCACCAGCCGCAGCAGCACCAGCAAUCGUUUCCCCAGCAUUCGCACACCGUGCCUCAUCGUGCGAGGGAGAAUCGCGAGCCGGUGCCGAAGACCGAAGACACGACUACGAAGUCCCCGGCGCACUGGCCAGACCCGCCUGAACUUCCCAAAUACCAGCAGUGGAGUCUGGAGCAGGAGUCUUCCGAGAGCGAGCUGAUCGCCAUCCCGGAGACCAGUGACAAGUCGGACACCACUGUGCACGGGAGCACUGCACCUGGUUCGUUUGACGAGCCGUCGCACUACGAAGACCCGCCCAACGUGUGUCACGCACAGGCAGUCGUAUCUCCCUACCCGACUAUCAGUAAAGUCCAGCCUGCUGUUGGGUCGAGGUCAGCUCAACAGCUUUCAACUAGCUCGUCGGUCUCUAUCGGCAGUGACUCCUCAAAUUUGAAAUCGACGCCAAUGAGCGGGCAUUCGGUGGAGAUAUGGCCGGAUCAGUUUCACCAGAACUCUCCGAGGACUAGGUUGCUCGGCAAACAGAAGAGGAUUGUAGUGGGCAGCAGCACGUCGCCCGACACGGCGGCGUCCUCCAACGGGGACGCGCUGCACGCGCCGCCCGCGCCGCCCGCGCACCACGCGCUGCUCAGGAGCCCCGGCGUGGCGUACGCGUCGCCCGAGUCGCCGCUGUCGAAGAUGGAGCUGGGCUGGAGCGCGCCGCCCCCCCACGCGCACGUGCACUCGCUGUCGCACGCGCACGCGCACGCCCACGCGCACGCGCACAUACACGCCUUCCACAUGGCGCCGCCCGCGCCGGAGAGGCUUCUGCCCAUCGGCCCUAAGCCUAACAAGGAACAGUACCCAGUAUUCAACGCGCUCGUAGACAGAGUGAGAGAAGCCCUCAAUGUCCCUGACGAUUCCACGGAGCGGACGGACUCCAGCGACCACGAACCCCGACCCGCCGAGGUGCGCGAGCAGCCGCGCUCCCCCCGGCGCCUGUCCCGCCAGGCGGCGCAGCUGGGCUCCCCGCCCGCGCCGCGCCCGCUGUCCACCGUGUCCGUCGGUACGGCGCGCGACGAAAUCGCUUUAAAUUUCUGCCAGCCCGACUGGCUAAAGGCCACGGUCUCAGCACAUGUUAUUGUAUCGGUACUGGUGUAUUUCGGCUUGAAGGGGGAGGGAGCCAAGAUAACUACAAGUGCGAGGGACGUAACAUCUCAGUGGUUCAUAGGUGUUGGAAGGAAUGGUUACGACUGGCCAUUAUGUGGCCCCAACGUCCUUCCGAUACCGUCCGACGGAGAAGAGUGCAGAGAGCGCGUGUGCGCAGACAGCGGGCAGGGCUGGUGGGCGGGCACGCGCCGCGCCGCGCGCCGCGCCGCGCACGCGCACGCCGACGCGCGCCGCCCCGACCACACGCUGCGCUACCGCUGUGGCGAGUGCGGGGGUGCCAUGGAGCAGUACAGCGACGAGGAGUUGGGCCUGUGUGUGAUCGUGCUGGCCACCUUCGUGCGACGGGAGCCUGCCGCUGCCGCUGCGCUGCUGCCGGCGCUACUGCACAGCGUCACGCGAGUGGUGCAGCUGGGCAGCUACUCGUGGCAGGCGGAGAGCAGCACCCGCCUGCCGGGCAGCGCCGUGUUCGUGGCGCACCAGUUCCUGCGCUGUGUGCUGCACCAGCUCGCCCCCAACAACGUGUUCCUUCAGCUCUUCCUGCAGCGGACACCCGAGAAGCAGAGGCAGAUGUUCUUCAAGAGCGUGGCACAAGCGUUCGUGGACUUCAACGAGCUGUACCCGUGUGGCCCGCUACAGCUGCUCAUCGAGCAUCUCAACUCGAAAAAGACCCUGCCCAUCGACCAAAUGGGCGUCAUCGCGGGCAACAUGGCCAUGUACCUGGAGUGCCUGGCGCCCGAGGCGCUGGGCCCGCUCAGCGCCUGCAGCGCGCUGCUGGCGGCGCUCGAGGCGCUGCUGCGCGCCGUGGCGCUGCAGCUGCCGCAGCUGGACGACGCGCUGCCGCUGCUGCGCGUGUGCGCCGCCGCGCUGCGCGUGCCCGCCGCCACCCACCACAAGAGCCUGCUGGAGCCGAUGUCGAAGAUCGUGAGCUACGCGAUCCAGAACUUCACGGUGCGGCUGUCUGUGGUGAGCGAGGUGAGCGCCGGCUGCAUCCGGGCCUUCGCGCGCGACCGCGACAAGCUGCUGCUGUGCCGCGUUCUCGUCUACGAGCUGCUGCACGCGCUGCGCACCAAGACCACCGUGCCCGACGACAACCUGUUCAUCCUGCUGCAGUUCGUGCUGCAGGGGCACGGCGCGACGCUGCUGCUGCCGCCGCAGCUGCAGGCGGGCGAGCUGCUGGUGGGCGGGCCCGACGCGCGCGAGCUGGCCGGCGGGCCCGUCGACUGCAUGCGCCCGCAUCUGCCUGACAUGCUGGAGCUGCUGCACGACCCGCACCUGCUGAACAAGAUUAAGGGUUCGGUCUCGAAAUCGAUAGUGAAUCGGAACCUCAUCUGUCUGAACGAGGACACGCUGGGCGCCAUCGUGAAGGGCGGCAUCGCGCAGUACGUGGCCAUGGAGCUGGCGCUGGAGCAGAGCCGCGGCAAGCAGGACCGCGGCCCGGCCCGGCACGUGCUGCCGUGGCUGGCCACGUCCUUGCCGGGGUCGCGUGACGUGAACGAGUGCGUGGGGCGGGUGCGGCAGGUGUCGUGGGUGGUGCUGGGGGCGCUCAGCAACGCUCGUCACCACCCGCUGCAGCUGCCCGUGCCGCUCGACGCCACCUGCCACCUCACCGACCUCAUACAGAGCAUCAUGUCGUCGUACGUGGAGUCCGGCGCGGAGAGCUCGCAGCGCAUGAGCGCGCUGUGCGCCGCCUUCGUGCUGUGCCAGCUGUGGACGCUGUACGCGCAGCGCGCCAACGCGCACGACCUGCUGCUGCACUUCUGGUGCAAGCUGGUGCCCACGCUGGCGCAGCUCACGCACGCCUCGCGACUGCUGGCCGAAACGGUGAACCUGCACUUCCUCAGCCUCCUGGAGUCUCUGCUGGAGUGCAACUCGACCGUCCUCAACAAGCUGCUCCCGCUGUGGGCGCCCAUCCUGCACUCGCCGCUGUUCACCAUGCCGCGGCACGUGCAGAGCCGGCUGCAGUGCUGCGGCGAGCUGCGGCCGGCGCGCGCGAGCGGCGCGCUGGAGCACCGGCGCCUGUACCGCCUGCUGGCGCGCCUGGCGCAGCUGGAGCUGCAGCCGCACUCCUUCUACUUUAUAUGAGCGCCUCUCUACUGUUAGCGUAGUAGAUAUCGAUAUAUUAAAUGAACUUAAAAUA